AUGACGGAGAAAGGCGCACAACAACAGCCGCAGCUGUCCAAAAACGCAGACUGUACGGCGGAGGACAUCUCCAAAAUAAACGAUGAGGUACUGCUGAAGUGGGGCAAAGACGAGCUGGUGCGACGGCUGCGGAGGGAAGAGGCAGAGAAAAGGAGCGUCAUCGUGGAGCACGGCAGUCUGAUGCGGGAGGUGAACCGGAGACUCCAGCAGCAUCUGAACGAGAUACGGAGUUUGAAGGACAUGAACCAGAAACUGCAGGAGGACAACCAGGAGCUGCGGGACCUUUGUUGCUUCCUGGAUGACGACCGGCAGAAGGGGAGGCAGGUGUUGCGGGAGUGGCAGCGUCUGGGCCGCUACACUGCCGGCCUGAUGAGGAAGGAGGUGGCUAUUUACUUGCAAAAGCUGAAGGAGCUGGAGCAGCGGCAGGUGGAGGUCAUCCGGGAGAACCUUGAGCUCAAGGAGGUGUGCCUCGUGCUGGAAGAGGAGAGGGCUGGUGCUGCGGCUGAAGUGGGAGGUGGCGGUAUGAGUGGGCAGGUUGCUCCCUGCUGCAGGAGUUCCAUCGACAGUCAGACUGGCUCGUCUCAGCUGCGUGGAGGAGUCCCGGCGCCUGGCCUCUUGCGAGACAUUGCUGAUGGGAGCAGCACUUCUAGCACGGGGAGUACUAAUAGCCCUGAUAACCCCAACCAGAAACCCCCUCCCUUGGGCUCCAGCGCCAUCCCUGGAUCUGUUUCCUCAGAAAUCCCCCACGAACCAGGAAACUUGUGUGAAUCAGCAAGCAGAAGGCACAGCUCCACCUUAGAGUACCACACCUUCCCCCAGUCCUGCCGGACACUUGGGGGUUCCCUCAUAAACCUGGACCCUCACAGGCUUCGAGGACACAGCUCGGAGAAACAGAGCAAGUCUCCCACCAGGCUACCAUUUGACUCCCACAUCAAACCAUGCAGCUCUGACCUACUAGCACAGAAACAACUACUAUUGUCAGCGCAGGCAUCUUCAGACUGUGGGAAGGGGACAGCCAAGUCCAGCCCAGAACUGAGUCAGAGGCACUGGCAGGUUAACACCAUGGGAGCAGGCCGUGGGAAUCCUGAGGCCAAGCAGGCAGCAACGGGGACGCCUGAGCACCUGAGGAAAGGGCAGGUGAUUGUGGGGAGUCCAGAGUCUAUAAAGCACCACCAUCACGGUCAGCACAGCCCCGGGAUGGAGAACAGCAAGGGGAGGUAUAUCACUGGCUCCCCUGGCAGGGAUAGGGGUCAGAGGAGGGAAAUGGGGGAGGAGAUAGGCCCCUGCCACCAGACUCUGUAUAACGCUCUAAUAUCUGCUGGCUGCUGCACCAAUUCCUGUAGGAGUGUAAAACUUUGGGACAGCUGUGUAAAGAAAACACUCUGGAGCAUACAGCUCUGUCAUUCAGCAUACGGCUCUGCUGACACUGUCAGAGGAUCUGUGGCCCAACCUCAGAGCAAAGCCCAUGUUUCGGGUUUGUUCCGCAAGGGGUCCCCAGUCAGUGUCAAAUACCUGACCACUAAACACGGUCAUCCGAUGUCACCCAAUGACAUUACCAGCACCCCUGACAGCAGAUCAUUGCUGGCCGCCAAUCACCAAUCUCCCAGCAGCCCACAAGGGAACCGCCAUACUGCUGCAUUACUGCAGCAGACGAUUUUUCACCACUGGUGGUCACUGAUCAUGUCAUCUGGUCAUAGAAUCACCUCACAGCUGCCCUGCUUUCUGUAG